ACACGUCAUUUGACAUUAACUUCAUUUUCGUGGGGGAGGAUGAUCGUGGUGGUCUCAUCGUAUUUGUUAGGAAAAUAUUGAAAAGUGCUGCUGUGAGUGAACUAGUGUCUGUGCCGUCCUUUUUGUUAUAGUUCCAGAGUUAACGCAUAAGACAUUCACUAUGUUUAGUUGGAUAAAAAAGGAAGGCGAGAAAACUGAAAGUAUUGAAAAUGUCGUGGAAGGUCUCAAAAGGAUUUAUAAAACAAAACUUUUACCGCUGGAACUACACUAUCAGUUCCACGACUUCCACUCGCCGCAGCUCGAGGACCCUGAUUUUGAUGCUAAGCCAAUGAUACUGCUCGUCGGUCAGUAUUCAACUGGUAAAACAACUUUUAUCAAAUACUUGCUAGAGCGAGACUUCCCGGGCAUUAGGAUAGGCCCCGAGCCAACCACCGACAGGUUCAUAGCUGUUAUGUACGACGAGAAGGAGGGCGUGAUCCCCGGUAACGCGCUCGUCGUCGACCCUAAGAAACAGUUCCGACCGCUUAGCAAGUUCGGCAACGCCUUCCUAAACAGAUUUCAAUGUUCGACCGUGAUAUCGCCGGUACUCAAAGGCAUCUCCAUCGUGGACACGCCCGGCAUCCUCUCAGGCGAGAAGCAGCGUGUCGACAGGGGCUACGACUUCACUGGAGUCCUGGAGUGGUUUGCUGAGCGUGUAGAUAGAAUCAUAUUGUUAUUUGAUGCCCACAAACUCGAUAUAUCUGAUGAGUUCAGACGCAGUAUUGAAGCACUGCGGGGUCAUGAUGACAAGAUUCGUAUUGUGUUGAAUAAAGCAGACAUGAUUGAUCACCAGCAGUUGAUGCGUGUGUACGGUGCUCUCAUGUGGUCAUUAGGUAAAGUCCUGCAGACUCCUGAAGUAGCUAGAGUGUACAUUGGAUCAUUCUGGGACCAGCCGCUCCGUUACGAUGUCAACAGACGUUUAUUUGAAGAUGAAGAGCAGGAUCUCUUCAGGGAUAUGCAGUCUCUACCGAGGAAUGCAGCUCUACGCAAACUAAACGACUUGAUUAAAAGGGCUCGCCUAGCUAAGGUUCAUGCAUAUAUUGUGAGUGAGCUACGGAAAGAGAUGCCUUCUAUGUUUGGCAAGGACGGCAAAAAGAAAGAGUUAAUCAAGAAUCUAGGCCAGGUGUAUGACCGCAUCCAAAGGGAGCAACAAAUAUCUCCUGGUGACUUCCCUGACAUUAAGAAGAUGCAGGAGACACUAGCUAACCACGACUUCACUAAAUUCCACCCGUUGAAACCAAAGCUGCUGGAGGUGGUGGACCACAUGCUGGCCACCGACAUCGCGCGCCUCAUGGAUAUGAUCCCGCAGGAAGACGUCAAUGUCGUCUCUGAGCCACUAAUAAAGGGUGGCGCAUUCGAGGGUGUCGAGGAUCAGGUGUCGCCAUUCGGCUACGGGCGCGGCGAGGGCGUGGACGCCGGCCACGGCGACCCCGAGUGGAUCUGCAGCAAGGAGAAGCCGCGCUACGACCAGCUCUUCCAGUCGCUCAACCCCAUUGACGGCAAAGUCACCGGCGCCGCCGCCAAGACGGAGAUGGUGAAGUCGAAGCUACCCAACUCGGUGCUCGGCAAGAUCUGGAAGCUGUCCGACAUCGACAAGGACGGCUUCCUGGACGAAGAGGAGUUCGCGCUGGCCAUGCACCUGAUCCACGUGAAGAUAGAUGGGCACGACCUGCCCUCCGAGCUGCCCGCGCACCUCGUGCCGCCCUCCAAGCGCAACUGAACCAUUUGGGACUUGGUUAAUUCGGAAGUAUGAAUGGCUGAUGAGGUGUGUUGUGUCACGAGAGGCUGUGUUUGUGUUACCUGGUCCUGAGAGCGCUAGUCGAGAGGCCGAUGGGCGGUGGGCGGUGGGCGCGGGGCGCGGACACUCACAUCCUCACACGAUCACUGAGAAUGCAAUAUCAUACAAUGGCAUACAAUUAGAAAAAUAUUAUUAUACAAAGUUUAUUUACAUCCAACAAAUAUUAUAAUAUUAUUUAUUUGCUUGCAUUGAAAUUAUAAGUAAUAAUUUUAUUUAGAAAUUAGUUGAAAUUUACUAUUGAUGAUCAAACAGCUGCAUCCAAUGUAUUAGCUUUAUACUACUUAUUGAGCUGUCGGCUAGCGUCGUCUUAAAUUAUUGUUGGCUAAUUAUAAACACUUUAGAUUAAGUGCAUUGUUUUUGAUAAAUGUUCAUAAAAAAUAUUCAAUUGUCGAUUGUGAUUUUAUUUUUAUUAAUUAAUAUACAGAAUAGCGCAGUAAUCAUGAUUAACAUAAACGUGUGUCACUGAGGAUGUCACAUCAAUACACUACCUACCUGCUGCGAGUGUUGACACCAUCUACAUAUAUUUAAUUAUAUUAUUGCAUAGUUUUCUAACACGUUGCAUACUUUGUUGUUCCUAUUAGAAGGUCCUCGAUGAAAUGUAGUCAAACGAGAAUCCAGAAUAAUAAAUUCACAGUUGUGUGUAUCUACUCCACCCUUCACAAUGCAUGUAGCUAUUUUGUAAUCAUAUUAUUGUUGAAAAUAUCGAUGCUAAUUUUGAUACUACAAGUGCUGCAUUUAUAUGGGAACUGUCAAUGACCCGCGGUGCCUUCGCUUUAAUAUAAUUAGGUGUAAAGCUUUGUACUACAGUCGGAGUCUACGCCUUCGGGGUUUGUGUAAAUACAGAAUUUAUAUCGGUUAGAGUUUUGGAACGUAUUUUAGCGCGUGGCCGGCGCCGCCGCGCGCCGCCAGGUGGCGCGUCCGUCGCGCUGCGGGCGGCGGCGCUCCUCGCCGCGCUUUGUGUUUUUACAUUUUGCUACUGUAUGUACAUAAAGAUAUGUAAAUUGAUAACAAUUAUCAUAAAUUAUACAUAGUGUGUAAUAAAUAGUUAAGAAAGCAAA